UAUCUUGGAGAAGAACGUGAAAAAACACCUAUCAUCGGUGCAAUAUCUAUUGGUAAUCCAUUUGAUCUUGUUGGUGGGAGUAUGUCGUUGGAACGAAGAUUUCUGGGCAAAACAGUAUACUCUCCCGCAAUGGCAGAGAAUUUAAAGAGAGUCUUUCUCAAACACCAAGAAGUUCUUAAGUUGGAUGAUCGAAUCCGUUCUGAACAUGUGCUUGCGGCAAAAACUGUUAGAGAAUUUGACGAUCGUCUGACGCGCUUAAUUUUUCGUUAUGAUACUGUGAAUGAUUAUUAUCGUGAUGCUAGCAGUUGUCGUUUUAUCACGAAAGUGCGUAUUCCUUUGUUGUGCCUGACUGCUGAAGACGAUCCUAUAUCUACAUAUGAACUUAUUCCAUAUGAUGAGUGCAGGUUCAACCCGUACGUGAUUUUGGCUACUACAUCUCACGGAGGUCACCUUGGAUGGUUUACCGGCUUCUGGAAGCCGGUAAGAUGGUGUCUAAACCCUCUCGUUGAAUUUUGUGUGGCAAUAAUCGAGGCUGAUCGGGAUUGCUUAAAUGAAGAAAGACAAACGUCAGAUGACAAAAACGAUAAUCCAGUAGAAGCCGUUGUAUUGAACGAUAAAAUUCUGUCUAACGGCGAGGAUGGGCUGUGA